AUGGGGAAGAUCAACGAUACGGACCUCAAGCUAAUUUGGGGUUCAGAUAAUGUGGGAGUGGCAGAGAGACAAGCUGACGGUAAUGUUGAUUGUUGUUUGGUUAAUAUUUACGCUCCCCAAAGUUUUUCCGAUGGAGUCGUGUUAUGGGAUCAGAUCAGUUUGGUGGUGGAACAGAAUAAAGAUUUGUGUGUCUGUGUCGUGGGUGAUUUCAACUCUAUCAGAAACGGAUCUGAAAGGGUUGGUAGAGGGUCUCAGUUCCAAUUUACAGAUGUGCAGUCGUUCGAUUCUUUCAUUAGGAACAACAAUUUGGUUGAACUACCGUUACAAGACAGGAAAUUUACGUGGUACCAACCACAGGGGCAGUGCAAGACAAAGCUUGACAGAUUUUUGGUGAAUGAUAAAUGGUUGGAUUAUUGGUCUCAUUCUAAGGUGAGAGGUCUUCAAAGGUCGGUCUCAGAUCAUGUUCCUAUUCUUCUGGAGACUAAGGCUGUGUUUUGGGGGCCCAAGCCUUUCCGAUUCUUGAACGCUUGGACUAAUCACCAAAGUUUUGAGCAGGUGGUCAGAGAGUCGUGGCAAAAAAGUGGCAUCACCGGAUGGAGUUGUUAUGUUUUUAAAGAAAAGAUGAAGAGGCUUAAGGAGGAUCUUAGGAAAUGGAAUAAAUCAACAUUCGGGCAUGUCGAGGAGAACGUUAUUCAACUGAAAGAUCAGAUUAUGAAAUGGGAUGCUAUUGAUGACGCUUUGGGACUGGAUGAGGAAGAGGCCAUCAAAAGGAACGAAGCCGAGGCUGAUCUCAUUAUCCAGCUAAAUAAUCGUGACAGCCUACUCGCUCAAAAAUCAAGGGUUAGAUGGAUCAAGGAAGAGGACGUCAACAGCAGUGUUUUUUCACAAGGCAAUUAG